AGCAACUUCAAGGAACAUCCGGAAGGUAUCGCAGAGAAAGUUCGGCGUUGGAACGUUGAAGUUAGUGAGUUAAUCGUCGGAAUCAUGUUCAUCGACAUACCCGAAAUUCUGGACAGCAACUAUCCCUUGACUUCAGGUCCGAUUUAUGCUAUCUUACAUAUGUUAAAACGAAAUACUUUCUAUACGAAAGUUGUAGCCUUACAUCUUAGGAAUCCACAGAAUCAAACGGUUUGCAAUUCCGUGAAGAAACGAUGGAGAUAUGCCCAAAUUACUGCAGGCUGUCCAGUUGUGACGGAAAUGACAAAGUUGGUGAAUUUCGAUGUUGUUUCCACUCCCGCUCAUCCGUAAGGUUUCGGCCGAUGAUUUCCAGGUCUGUACCUUUGCGUUAGACUUGUCGAAUCAUUCAUCACAUACAUACAUGAACAUAUAUGUUAUUCCAUAUGUUAAAACAAUUCCAAAAUAUAUAUGUGAUACAUAU